AUGCAGAUCUUUGUCAAGACUCUCACCGAGAAGACCAUCACUCUUGAGGUUGAGUCCUCUGAUAUAAUCGACAAUGUCAAGGCAAAGAUUCAGGACAAAGAAGGAAUCCCUCUAGACCAGCAGCGGUUAAUCUUCGCUGGCAUGCAGCUUGAGGAUGGUCGUACCUUGGCUGACUACAAUAUUCAGAAGGAGUCCACCCUCCACCUUGUCCUUCACCUCAGGGGAGGCAUGCAGAUCUUUGUCAAGACCUUGAAUGGAAAGACCAUCACGCUAGAGGUCGAGUCCCUGGACACGAUCGACAAUGUGAAGGCAAAGAUUCAAGACAAGGAGGACAUUCCACCAGACCAGCAGCGCCUCAUCUUCGCGGGGAAGCAGCUUGACGAUGGUCGCACCUUGGCUAACUACAACAUUCAGAAAUAG